AUGCCUCGCUGGCUGACUUUCUUAUAUAUUAUCCUGCUCUGUGGGAGAUCCAAAAGCUGGUCCGCCAGAGAAGUAAUACAUCAGCUUAAUCAUGAUCAGCGGCUACAGCUUAAUAUUUACUUGGAUUGCAAUGACGUGGAACUACAAAUCGGUCAGGAAGUGCCGAAUUUAUUAGUAAAUAGUACUGAAGAGCAAAAUAAACUAUUGGGUAGAUUCAGCUCACACUCUUUGAUCAUUGCGUGCUUUAAGGAUUCCACAAGAAAUCGAACUCUAAAUGGAGUAAAGGAACUGCUCUGGGGACUUCAGUACUUACCCAUGUUAUUUGUCGUAGAAUCCUACAUGCAUUCUUAUUUUCAACAAGCUCUAAGUCUGGGUUUCAUUCAUGUGCUGGCCUUGAAUUUAAGUAAUGGAUCGCUUUACACCUAUAAGCCAUAUCCGAAAGUCGAAAUUCAUAAAAUUGAAGAUAUGAAAAAAUUCUAUAAAUUGACAAAACUGAGAAACCUACAAGGACAGGUGGUUCGCACCUCUGUGGAAACGAUGACACCUCGAUGUUUUCGAUAUAGGAACCGUAAUGGUGAAUUGGUAUACGCUGGUUAUAUGUACAGGAUGGUUAAAGAGUUCAUCGAAAAAUACAAUGGCACAGAGGAGCAUAUAUUUGAUGAAGUGGACACCAUACCUUAUAAAGAGGGCUUGAAAGCACUGAUAAACGGCGAAAUAGAUAUGAUGCCCCGGAUAAUACAUGACUUGGAAUGGAGCUAUUUCUACCGAAGUCAUAUUUUAUACAACAUUAAGACCUACAUCAUGGUGCCUUGGGCCGAACCCUUGCCAAAAAGUCUGUACUUUAUAAAGCCAUUUCGCAGCACAGUUUGGAUUACAAUCAUGGUGAGCUUUGUCUACGCCUCAAUCGUCAUCUGGUGGAUAAGAUAUAGACAGCUGGGAAAUUCUUCUCUAUCGCGUUCUUUUAUGGACGUCUUGGAGCUAUUCUUUCAGCUACCAGUGAACAAAAUAUGGCACUUUAAUAUGGGAACGCAGCAGGUUAUUAGUUUUAUUGUUCUCUUCAUAGUUGGAUUUAUGCUGACCAAUCUCUAUACCGCUCAGUUAUCAAGUUACUUAACUACGGGCUUGUUUAAAAGUCAAAUCAACACCUUUGAUGAUUUAUUCCGUGAAAAGCGUAGAUUGCUAGUGGAAAGUUUUGACGCUGAAGUACUGCGCAACAUGACCAAAUUAAAAAUUAUACAAAAGGAAUUUCAGAGCAUUAUAUUAGUAACCUCAAUAGAGGAGGUCUUCAAGCAUCGCAAGAGCCUAAAUACUAGUUAUGCCUAUGAGGCCUAUGAGGAUCGCAUUGCAUUCGAACUAUCUCAGCAAAGGUAUCUUCGAGUGCCCAUUUUCAAGACAUUAGAAGAGGUGUACGACCAGCGGCCUGUAUUUGUGGCACUUCGACAUGGAUUACCGUAUGUGGAAUUAUUUAACAAUUACCUUAGGCGCAUAUAUGAAUCAGGCAUUUGGAUUAAGUUGCAGGAAGACUCUUUCCUCGAAGGAAUUGCUAGUGGUGAAAUCAGUUUUCGUAUAUCCCAAUCCCGUGAAAUCAAAAUAUUCGACAAGGAAUUUUAUUUCUUUGCCUAUAUUUUACUGGGAAUGGGGUGGUGUUUCAGCACUGUCGCAUUUCUGUUGGAAAGAUUGAGAUUCAAAUAUUCAGUCUCAAAUGUUUUACAAGAACAAUAG